AUGCCAAAAUAUCGCAACAAGAAAUCUACCACUGUUACUUCGGUUACUUUAACUAAUUUUAAGCCUUCAUUUCCUCCACAAAUCAAUAUCGACGAGUUAAUUUCGAAAUCACUCAGUAACACCAAUUCUAAAUAUAAUAGAACUCCCAAUCCAUUUAUUAUCUAUAGAAAAGUUUUUAACAGAGAGAUAUCAAAAUUAAAGCCUGAUCUAUCUUUACAACAAAUAUCUACGAAAGCUAGCGAAAGUUGGUAUAAAGAACCUGAAUACGUUAAAAAUUCUUAUAGGAAACUAGCUGAAGAUGCCAAAAUUCGUUUUAAAAAUAUUGCUCCAUUAUCUUCAGUAUCUGAUAUAGAUAUGGACACUACUCUAAACGUAAAUUCUUUUAAUUCCAUACCUACUCUGAUCAUUGAAAAUCAACCUGAAUUCACCACAAAUUAUGAUCCUUACAUGUUUCAAUCUAAUGGAUAUUUAAGUCAUGAAUCCGAGCAUCUUAUUUCAUUAGCUGCUGAAAAUAACAUUUAUUAUGGCCUACCUCAACCCUUAUUGGAUCCUCAAAUUUUAUGUCAACAUCCUUUUGUAAAACGUCUUCUUGCACGGAUUCAAUAUUUGGAAAAUUAUAUUUUUUGUCUUAAUGGCAUUGAUAAUUUUCUAAAAUGCCAAAAUCAAUAA